AAGGGCUAAUGAAACAAAAUGAAGGUUUGUUUUUAGUAUCAUAUAAUCUGUUACUUGAACCUCCAUUACCAAUUUUUUCUAAUAAAGCACCAGGUUUAAUAACACAAGGUGAUUGUUUAAUUUCAUAUGAUUUGUCAACUCCAGAUAUAUAUAACAAGAUGUCAGAUAAU